AGCAUGGCUCCGACGCUGCUCCAGAAGCUCUUUCACCAAAGGGGCGGUGGCCGGCUUAGUAGGGGCGACUCGAGCUCCCCUUCCCCUUCGAGGCUGACCGAGGAAGGCUCAACCUUCAGUUGGUCCUGUUCUGGGUUUGAUCUAAAUGAAAUCCGCUUGAUAGUAUAUCAAGACUGUGAAAGACGGGGGAGACAAGUCUUGUUUGAUUCUACAGCUGUUCGAAAGACUGAUGAGAAACAGUUUCAGGAUGCUUCUGGUAAAACAGGUGGCGGGUGCUGCCAAAGAAACAGUGGUAUUAACACAGCUUACCCCCAUGGCCCUUCGGUGAACAGCAGAGAACCUGGCAAGGAAGAUAUUCCUAAAUAUCAGUAUGCCAGGCCUGCUUCUGAUGUCAACAUGCUGGGUGAGAUGAUGUUUGGUUCGGUAGCGAUGAGUUACAAAGGAUCAACACUGAAGAUUCACUAUAUACGUUCUCCUCCACAACUUAUGAUGAGUAAAGUGUUUUCUGCUAGAAUAGGCAGCUUCUUUGAAAGUACAAAUAGCUUGCAGGGUAGUUUUGAAUACAUCCAUCAAGACCAGUCAAGGCUGAAUUUACAUCCAAAUGCCUUGGGCCAGUAUCAGAACGGAAGUAUUUUAGCACACAGCACUCCUGUUGACAUGCCCAAUAGAGGUCAGAAUGAAGACAGAGACAGUGGCAUUGCUCGAUCAGCAUCCCUGACCAGUCUUUUGAUGACUCCGUUACCAUCUCCCAGCCCCUCUUCGAGUUACCAGCGCCGCUGGUUUCGAAGUCAAACCACAAGCUUGGAAAAUGGCAUUACACCAAGAAGGUCAACUGAAGAAACAUUCAGCAUGGCAGAUGAAAGUUGUGGCCUCAAUCCUGCACUGAUUCGAAGGAAGAAAAUUGCCAUCAGCGUCAUUUUCACCCUUCCUGAGAAAGAAGAGGCCCAGAAAAAUUUCCAGGAUUUCUUCUUCUCUCAUUUCCCCUUAUUUGAAUCACAUAUGGGCAAGCUGAAAAGUGCAGUUGAAAUGGCUAUGAUCACAUGUAGAAAAAUAGCGGAAACAAACCAAAGAGUGCAAGUUUACAUUAGCCGUAUUAUGGAUGCAUUGGAUGAAUUUAGAACUACAGUAUGGAAUUUAUACACAGUUCCAAGGAUUGCAGAACCUGUGUGGCUUACUAUGAUGUCCUGUGCUUCAGAAAAGACUCUGUUAUGCCAACACUUUCUCAAGGAAUUUGCUGUUUUGAUAGAACAGAGCAGCAAAAACCAGUUUUUUGCUGCUCUAUUAACAGCAGUGUUAACCUAUCACUUGGCCUGGGUCCCUACUGUGAUGCCAGUUGAUCAUCUCUCCAUCAGGGUUUUCUGUGAAAAACAGGCCUCACCAUCUGUGAAUAUGCUGGCAAAAUCACACCCGUACAAUCCACUUUGGGCACAGCUUGGUGAUUUGUAUGGUGCGGUGGGUUCACCGGUGAGAAUGACAAGGACAGUAAUUGUUGGAAAACACAAGGACCUUGUUCAGCGCAUUCUCUAUGUCCUUACAUAUUUCUUACGCUGCUCUGAAUUGCAAGAGAAUCACCCGAUCUGGAAUGGGCGGCUCGGCAAAGGGGAGCAAGCUGCGAAUGGCAGGAACAUUGUAACAACUCUAGAAAAGGGAGAAGUCGAAGAAUCUGAUUAUGUGGUUGUCACAGUUCGAAACGAACCUGCUCUUGUACCUCCCGUCGUGCCUCCAAAGAAUGAUGCCACUGCUGUUGUCGUUGCUGCAGAACGUGAAGGCUGCUCUGAAUCUGCCUGCUUCAAGGGCAAACGGGAGAGGCUGAAUGCUGAGUGCAAUUCUGAAGCCUCCCCUCGCUUCUCCAGAGUUAGCUCUCCAAAAAGAAUUGUAGGGGAAAUGAAGAAAGGGAAAGCUUUAGUUAAUUCAGAAAUCGCAUGUGGAAGGCAGGGUGUAUUGGAGGAUUUAACGGCAAGAAAGAAUGAGGACAAGCAGCACAGUGUAACAGGGCAGUUGUUUCAAAACUUGGUAGCUGUUCCAAAUGCUAAGAAGAUUGCCCAGGUGUAUUCUCAACUGGAAAAGGUUACCUUCCAGAUUGGAAGCUCCACCUCACCCGAAUCUGAUUCUGAAACCCAAAGAAUGGAAGCCAACAAAACUUUGGAGAAACGCAGAAGUAAAACUCAGCCUCUGUGUGCUCUAUCAAAUCCAUUACAUACAACACCCAGGGCCCCAGAAGAGAAAUCUAACUUGUGUCUUAAAACCUCCACUAGCCAGACGGUUGGGAAAACAGAAACAUCAAGGGCAUCUUGGCUGCUAUCAGUUCCUCAGCCUGUCAUUCCUGAUAGAGAAGUCAAAAUGGUAAACUUGGGGGAAUUGGAUCAAGUUGGUAGUGCAAGCUGUGAAAACUUUGAGAGAAAUUCUCUUGACUGUGAUUCAGGAAGCUCUACUGAUAUCCAGAAGUCCAGCCAAGCAGUUACUAAGAGCAUCCCCUGCGGGGAGGUUGAAAGCAAACUCCAUUGUGGAACUGAGGAGGACAUUCCUAGAAAUGAAAGUUCUGAUAGCGCUCUUGGAGACAGUGAUGAUGAAGGUUGCACGUACAUUCCAGAUGAGCAGUCAGUCACUCGUAACUCUAGACCUGAAGAAUUUUUAGAAGUGGAACUUGCUUUGCCAAGAUUUUGCACAGUUAGCACUCAAAGCAUGAUACAUUAUGGAAGGUCUCUUCUUGGGGGCUAUUGUACCUCUUAUAUGCCUGAUCUAGUGCUGCAUGGAAUAAGUUCAGAUGAACAACUUAAGCAACGUUUAUCCACUGAGCUGAGUCACACCAUAAAUCAUCCUGUACUAGACGAAGCUAUAGCAGAAGCUGUUUACAUUAUAGCAGAUGCUGAUAAAUGGACGGUUCAGGUGUCUACUAGCCAGAAAAAGAUGACUGACAAUAUAAAAUUAGGCAAAGAUGUACUCGUCUCCAGCCUGGUAUCAUCUUUAUUGCAGUCUGUUUUACAACUUUACAAGCUUAAUCUUUCUGCUGACUUUUGUAUAAUGCACCUUGAAGAUCGUCUACAGGAAAUGUACCAUAAAAGCACAAUGCUAUCUAAAUAUUUACGAGGACAAACAAGAGUCCAUGUGAAAGAGCUUGGAAUGGUAUUGGGGAUUGAAUCCAAUGAUUUGCCACUGCUGGCUGCUAUAGCAAGUACUCAUUCACCAUAUGUAGCUCAAAUACUCCUCUGAACCGCAGAUAAACUCUGUUCUCUCAAAGAUUUGGGAGUGAAUAAUAGACCCCAAAGAAGAGGGUUUGUGAUAGCAGUUCGUUACAUCUCGUUUGGUUUACUGCCUUUUAUGUGGAUAUUUAUCAGUGGAUUUUUAGUUUACGUGAUCUAAAAGAUAUUCAGGGUUUUUAUAUUGUUUAUGCGUCCUUGUAUUUUAAUGAAAGAAAGGAUUAAACAUUAACGAUGGAUAUGUUGUUUACGUAUAGCAGCUAA